UUGAGUACCAUGAUUCUUAAUACAAGGUAACAAUAAGGAAAUGAAAUAAUGUGAGAUUUGUGUCUCCGACAGUUCGUGACAGCAUAUCGCUUCACGUUGCCAAGCACUACCUGUCUACCGGAUCGCCCAACAGAGUGUCCACAACAUGCCUCACAUGGUACCCACAACGCACAAGGUUGGCGUUCGGGAUGGCAGCGGUAGGUUCGUUGACACGUUCGACCUGAUGCUGCAAUUGCCAUGGGGAGCUCUCACCACCGUCGUCGUCCACCACGACAUGACCAUCCACCAGCUGAAAUCCGCCAUCGAGUUUUUGGUCGGGCUUCCGUCUGAUCUACUGACACUGGGCUACAAGCGCCACGCCUCCCUUGUCGACAAUCUAACUCUUCGGGAGAUGAGAUUGAUACCAGGGGAUCGCGUCAAUGUCAUUCUCGAAUAUGGAUUCGAAGAGCUUGUGUCUGGGGCUGUUUCUGGCAACACUCAGUUAAUCAUCAACGAUAUCAAGAGGCACUGGAACGAGGACGAUGUCGACAGAAGGCGCAUGGUCGUCAUGUUCAUCGCAGCACAUCGCGGAUUUCAUUAUCUUAUUGAUAAGAUGUUAGAUGAUGGAGCUCAUCCGGACUCAAUAACACCUGCUGGUCGAACACCUCUUCACAUCGCCUGUGCCAUGGGGAACGGUGGAUGUAUAGAUACCCUCCUGCAACACGGAGCUAACACUACACUGAAGGAUGCGAACAACAAGACUCCAGCUCAGCUUGCCUUCAGUUGCGGGCAGCAGGAGGCCGAACGUCGGAUGGUCUUGUAUGAGAGGGCUCGAUCCCGUCAAACCAGACGGCUCAGUAAACACGAUGAUUGGCUGCUUACCUUACCAAAGAGCAGUCCGCCGCCAUCAACCGCUUCGACCUCCUCUUCAUCAUCGUGGUCUCGGUCACCAAGGUUUCCAGUCUCACGUCUCGCGAGAAGCGUCACUCCAACACUGGCUUUGCAGGAGUUAUCUCUUUCCCCGGCACCUGGUCCGGAGCUGAUGGUCAAGUCCUUGAGUGGAGCGGUGAAGACGAAGAAAGCACUGAACAGGUUUUCUGUUCGGAGGCUAACUCAAGCCGACCUUGACGGGAUGAGCCAGAGCAGUGAGGGUAGCGUCGAUUCGGAACCUGCCAAAGAAGAAGAUCUUCCCACCUUCGAUGAUCAAGAGUCUGGAAAUGAUGGGGAAGAGAACGAGGUUAAUGUGACAAUAGAUACCAUACCAAUAUCCAGUCCGGAUGACACAUCUUCUACAGUCACCUUGCAGUCGCCUUCGCCACGACCACCAGCGAUGCCGCCCGCCAUACGACCACCACAUCUUCUUCCAUCGAGGACUACAGCCUGGCAACAGGAAACGCGGAAAGUCCGCUUCAAUGACUCAACAAAAGACGCCAGUGUUAUCCAAAAUGAACGGCCAAGGGCACGUUCUGCUCCAGCCAGGAGAUCAGUCAAUAUGUCGUCUGUGGUAUUGGGAUCAGAUACAACACAUCAAAGCCCUGACACUGGACCGGAUUCCCCAUCACGCGUCAACAGCAGCGGAGACCAUCAGCAUCUAUCUAACCUUAGCAAUGGAAUUCAGUGCAAUAAACCUAUCGUCCCUCCUCGCAACAAACAACGAGCAUCAUCUGCUAGACUCCGAAGCCCACGUUACAACCCCCGAUACCCUGAUGACCGUUACGGUCGGGACGAAAUAUUGGACAUUAGAAAGGUUAAAGACAUCCAGGCAUCCUUGGAGGUAAGCGUCGGUCUCCGUGAGACUACCGAUCAACCAUUUUUGUCAAACGGUCGCAGAAAAGCUACGCCAGAAGAGAAUGACGAAGCCUUCGUUGAUUGGUUGGAAGGGAAAGUACAAGGUGCCAAGGAUAGGAAGCUGUUGAACAAUGUCCAGAAGAUGUUGGAUGAAGCAUUUGGUAGAGCUGACGAGGAGAUUAAAAGACAGGAAGAGAAGCGACCCAAGAUAACGGGCCAAUCGUAUGAGGACUGGAAGAAACAGAAAGAUGAAGAGGUACGGAACAAGCGGAAGGCGGCAUUGGAGAAGCAACGACAAAAGGAAGAGGCGCGCAGACUCCAAGCAUCCACUGAUGCUGAGAAUGAACUUCUCAUAAAGGCUUGGAUCGCCCGCAAGAGUGAAAUGGAGAGGAAGAAAAAGCUUAGCGAAGUGAAGGAAAAGAAAGAAAAACAGAAAAGAAUGACCGAAAAACAGAUCGCCGCAGAGAGUGCCUUCACCAAGUGGAGACUCAACAAGGAAUGGGAGGAACUGGUCAGGUUAAGAGAAGGGAAAGAAUUCUUUGAUCCGGCUUUGAAGGCCACGAGAGUGAGCGUUAAACGAUCAGCAAGGAAACGAAUGCAAUCUGCAGGUCGUAGUAACACGACAAACCUGAAAUAUGGAUCGUAGACAUGAUUUCGCUUAUUAAUGGUAGAUCCAGUUUUGGACAAUCGGACUUUAAACCUUGCCAAAUUUUAUUUCACCCCGCAUUGCCUUUCGUGAAGUGUUGCAGUUGAAAUGUAUUUCUAUAUUCUAUAAUUUUGAUGUAUAUUUCCGUCCAGAUAAUCCAUUCCAUUUCGAUGCAAUAAUGUAGAUACAUUUUAAUCACACUGAUGCUAUUUAACAAACGUUUAAAACGGUAUAUUGAAAGUUAUUAUUCAUCGAUCUUCGUCAAAAGUUUACAAAUCAAUGUCUGAUAUUUUGUAUUUGACUGUUUGAUGGCGUUUGAUAUAUCAAAUCAUGGCUUUACGGUGGGGGCUGAUUUCUCACUACGACCGGAGGCAGGGUGACCAGAUAUCACAAAAUGAAAUACGGGACAAUCGAUAAAAAUAUCAACAACGAAGGCUACUUGUGGAGAAAAAAAAAUCUAAAGAAUUGGCAGAAAGGAGGGUGAACGAAAGAAUGAAGGAGAAAAGGAA